CCAUUACUUCCGCUUCGGUUUCUUGGCUCUUCCCUUCUGAUUUUCUCCGUCUUUGCGUCCGUCUUGGCGAUAUCAUAUUAGCAUGGGAUGUCUAGCUGGUAUGAAUACUACUAGAUUGUUCCAGUACAACAGCGACAUCGAUUGCGAGACAGGUUCACUUCCUAUCCUAGUUCAGGCAACGUACGGUUUUGUUCUUCAGCUAGCACUUAGUACGCCUUUGAUGAGUGCAAGGUCUUGGAGGUAUGCUUCUUUUCGUUAAGACGGUGCGUUACAUUCUAUCCAUCCGUCCUAAAUUGUAGUUUUUUUUGGCAAAUUAAGAUACGUGAACAUAAUAUAUAUCUAUCUAGGUGCAUAGCAAAAUCUACGUACUAUGUACUAUGUAUCUAGAUUUGCCAAAACGACCUGCAAUUUGGAACGGAGGAAGUAGUUUUCAAUCAGCUUAGGCGAUUCAAAGCUGAAUCCUCUGACAAGUUUUUAUUUUUAUUUCGUUCUGAUUGGGCCUGCUGUUGUUUAUUCUGACUGUUGGCAUGGAAUAGUCCUGUGGAGUGUGGACCUUUGCACUCGUCGAAUGAAGAUGUGUAGGUAAGUCAAAAGACAAGAUGAUGCGCAAGGAGCUGCCACAGGCAUGGUGGUUUGGCAGCCACAACCUUACAAGGCCAUCUCCAUGGCUGAACAACACACUUUCAGAGCUGGAUGACAAGACCAUGCAAAUGCUGAAGCUGAUCGACCAAGACGCGGACUCAUUUGCGCAGCGUGCUGAAAUGUACUACAAGAAGCGGCCCGUGCUAGUGGACAUGCUCGGCGACCUGUACCGCACGCACCGCUCGCUGGCGGAGCAGUAUGACCUGCUGAAACAUGGCAGCGGCACACGCCAAACAGUGUUUGGCCUUUCUUCCUGCACGCAGAGCCGGUCUCAGGCGUCGUCCACGAACGGCAGGACGACGCCUCGCUCCUCUUGCUCUAUCUCCAUCUAUGACUCGGAGUCUGAAGUGGAUGACCCCGAGCAAGAAGAAGAAGAACAGCAGGAACAGCUGAUGCGUGGGGAGAUCAUCAAGAUGGAGUCGGCCUCGCAGGAACAGCAGCGACAGAAAGAGCAGGUUGAGCUGAUGCGCGUGGAGAUCGAGAGUCUGAAGGAGCAGAAUGCGGCGCUGCAGAAGGCCGCGGAAGAGAACGCAGCGUUGAAGGCGGAGCUCGCAGGGAAGGACGAGGAGAAGAGGGAGGUCAUCAGGCAGCUCGCGUCGUCCAUGGACAUGAUGAGGGAGGAGAACCUCACGCUGCGCGAGCACAUCAGGGGAUCGAAGCAUUCGUCCACCCGCGCGUUUGAUCUCAAGAAGGUGGCCAAGGAUCUCUUCUCCGCGAGGCUGUUCACCGCGCACUGCAAGCCUACGGGCCCCAUCGUCGCCCUAUGAAUGGAAUUUGGUGCAGCAGAAUGAAGGAGAGAGAAAACAGCAUGAAUCUCAAGAUAUAUUUGUUGUAGAUCAUGUGCAUAUAGGAUGGUGUACUACCCUGUCCGUUUCUGUUCUUGUUCAGGUUUAGCAACUAGAGAGAGGGCUCGUUUUAACCAGUGCUUGGCACCUGUAUUUACCUCUGCGGUAGUAGUUAAUUAUAGCUAAAUAUUCUUCUAAGUUACUCCUGUACGGUGCUGUGUGAUUCUUGGAAGAAGUAGUAGUAGUACAGUAUUUACCGUCCA